AUGGAACCAGUCGUUCCUCCAGAAAUUACUGCAGAGUUGACCCAGAUUCUGUCAAAUCUCGUCUUGGGAGACAAUGAAAUACGUUCAAAUGCAGAAAAAGCUGUCAAUGAGCGGCUUGCUCAUGCGCCAGAUUUAUAUCUUUUGGCCCUGGCGCAAUUCUCUAUUGCUGCCGACACUGAGGUGAUGCGCUCUUUUUCCUUGGUCUUGCUCCGCCGUCUUCUUUUCCGUCCGGUCCCAACCCCAACUACACUCAGCAGCACAGACUCCGCUUCAAGCUCAACACCACAACCGGUACCCUCUUUCCAUUCCUUGUCCGCCCCUCGACUUUCACUGUUUGAUCAUCUUACUACUUCUGCACUCACCAACCUUGAACGAUUACUACUCCACUCACUCUCUCAUGAACCUGCAGCUUCAGUUCGCAGAAAAACGGUCGACACAAUAUCAGAUGUUGCUAAUCAAGGCAUGCUGCGAGGAAGACCAUGGCAUGCCCUCCAGGCACAAGUAUUCUCUAUGACACAAGCUACGAGUGCCACAAAUGGCGUAGCGGGCGAAGGUCUCAGAGAAAGUGCUUACCGAGUGUUUGCGGGAUGUCCGAAUCUAGUUAUGGAUUUACAGACGGAUGCAGUCCUAGGCGUGCUAGGGAAAGGCCUACGUGAUGAACAAAGCAUAGAUGCAUGUAGCCUCGCUUCAAAUUGUGUUCGAUAUGCUGCAUUGCUCGCGUCGGUCGCCUAUCUGUCGCAUGCCGAUUCACAUCAACUUGCUCAAUCCCUCUCGCUUAUGUAUCCUAUUUUGGACACCCUUCCACCACUAGCUCAUUCUAUCAACCAGCCAUCCGGCUCCGCUACUCUUACAUCCACAGAGGAUAAAACUCCAACGGCACACUUACAAUCGUUCCUCGUUGCCUUAACUCCUUUGUGCUCUGCUCACCCGAACCUUUUCCAUCCUCAUCUCAGUGCCCUGUUGACUUUUCUUCCACCAUUGUUGCUUGCCAAUACCGACCCUGGACCAACCCCCACGGUUCGCGCGCCUUAUCCUACAGGACUUGGUAGCUUCGCUACUCCCACAGGAAGUCCUUCAAGAGAAUCACCCGUGACCGAAACAGAAGAUGAGGAAGAGGGUCAAUCUUUACGGCUCAGUGCAUUGGAAUUCAUGUUAUCCCUAUGUGAGGCCCGGCCUAGUAUGUUCAAAAAAAGCGUCAAUGUUGGUCAAGGGUGGAUAGCUGUUAUGGUACGUGCUUGCCUGGAAGGAAUGGCAGAGUUGGAUGAGGAGAGCCCUUAUGGUACUCCAGGUGGAUUAUCGCGGUGGCUUGCUGAAGAUCCUACCACAUCUAGUGCGGCAGAAAAUGAUUCUCCUCCAGCCCUGUACGAACAGAGCUUAGACAGACUAGCUUGUGCGAUGGGUGGUAAAGUGAUUCUUCCUCCUUCGUUCCAGUACAUCCCAUCGAUGAUGGCAAAUUAUGAUUGGCGUUCUCGACAUGCCGGACUUAUGGCGAUUGCAGCGAUCGCAGAGGGAACAGGAAAGGUGAUGGCUAAUGAACUUGGAAGAGUCGUCGAACUGGUAGUACCAAUGUUCAAGGACUCACAUCCUAGGGUUCGUUAUGCGGCUUGUCAGUGUGUAGGCCAGCUAUGCACCGACAUCGAGGACAUAAUAGAGCAAUAUCAUGAACAACUGUUUGCAGUACUUAUUCCAGCUCUUGAAGAUCCUGAACCUCGUGUACAUUCUCAUGCGGCAGCCGCGUUGAUCAAUUUCUGCGAGGGAGUGGAACGCAAUACACUUCUCCCCUACCUAGAUCCUAUAGUGCAAAGACUCUUGAAACUUCUAAAUCCUGAGGCAGACCCGACGCAAGUUCAGAGACAUGUUCAAGAACAGGUCAUAACGACUCUGGCAAUGGUCGCUGAUGCUAGUGAAGCUACAUUUGCCAAAUAUUACCCCUCAAUAAUGCCACUCUUGAUAAAUGUCCUCCGGAACGCCAGCGGCGCAGAGUAUAGGAAGCUGAGGCUCAAAGCCAUGGAAUGUGCAGGGUUGAUAGCUAUCGCUGUGGGACGUGAAAUUUUCAGGCCAGAUUCGAAUACCCUAGUUGAAUUGCUUAUUCGAAUACAAAAGAGUCCACUGGACCCUCAAGACACUCAACUAAGUCAUUAUUUAAUGGGAACAUGGGCGAAGAUAUGCCAGGCUAUGGGGCCGGAAUUUGAGCCGUAUCUCCCGGCAGUCAUGCCCGACCUAUUGACAACUGCUAGUAUGAAGGCUGAUGUGUCGGUCUAUGAUGAAGACGAAGAAAAAGUCGAGGAACGUGAUGGAUGGGAAACUGUGAACAUGGAUGGUCAAACGUUCGGGAUCCGCACGGCAGCUAUCGAGGAAAAAUGUCAGGCAUUCGAGACAAUGGUGAUAUUCGCGUCCACCUUGAAUGCUCGUUAUGCUCCGUACCUGGCACAAAGCUUGGAAAUCACUCUUCCUGCUCUGCGAUUCUACUUCCAUGAUGGGGUGAGAGAAGCAUGCGCAUUGUUAUUACCGAUGCUCCUUCACUGCGGCCAACAGUCAGGAACACUCACGGAUCAGAUGAUUGCCGCUACUUUGCAGCAGCUCAUCAGUGUCAUUUCCGAUGAACAAGACUCAACGUUCUUAGCAUCCUUAUACAAGGCUCUUGACGACUGUGUAAAACUGCUAGGCGGACCCUCCGUGCUCAAUGCCGACUAUGUCAAUGCUAUUGUCCAGGCUACCAAACGCCAACUACACACUUUGGCCCAGAAACGUCGCAGUAGAGCCGCUCGGCCUUCCAGUUUCCUGGAUGAUGACAGAGAAGAUCUUGCUCUUUUGGAAGAGAUGGAAGAUUUUGCAUUGGAGGAGAUGGCCAAGGUUCUCAGUAUGCUAAAUUCUAAUCAUGAAUUGCUGGUGGCUAUUUCCAGUGUCAAGGAGCUCGGGACCAACCAAUAUCAGACUGAGCUUGAAGAGGAUGGUUGA